AUGACUGGAAAUCCAAUUAAGUCCAAAGGUGGCGUUCAUUUAGCGCAUGCUCUACAGACAAACGAUAAACUGCAAUUCAUAGACGUCGGACAGUGUGACCAGGAUAUUACAAGUUGCAUCGCCUUCAUCACGGUCCUGCGGAAGAACAGCACACUACUCGGCAUCAAUCUGGACCGUCCACUCCUCUUCACGAUCCAGGAGGAGUCCACAGUUCAAGUUAAGGAGAUGCUCUGCGUGAGUAUACGGGAUCUCCAUUUGUUUAUUCACAAACAUGGGCAUGUCCUGCUAAACUCCUCCUUCUGA